CCCCUCUGCCCGGGCGCCUGACCCAGCAUCCUCUCUCCUGCCGGGAACAGCAACCAACCCAGCCGUGGAAAACCUCAACCUUUUCGAACCUCCACCACCAUCCCUUACCCCAUUGCCGCAACACCUCUCAACCUGAUCUUCUGCCUGUCCCUUUCCGGGUUCUUUACGCCCGCUCGUGAAAACUGCCUGCCCCCAUCCCACGUCUCCUCGGCCAUACCUUCCCGCUCGUUGUUGCCCCUCACUGUUCGAAGGUGUUUUCGGCCUGCUCGUGUCAGCUUGUCGACGCCCAACCCUCGACGAGCCCGCACCUGCCCGUGCACCACCGAGCCGGCACAAUUCCCCCCCUCACGAGGAAGCGGAAGGCUGCUGAGGCGACGAUCUGCCCCGACCCACGGGAGAACCCUCCAGCCAAACGUCUCGUCGCCUCAGCUGCCACCACGCCAGCCGCGCCCGCCGCUCCACCCACGCCCGUCACCACCGGCAUGGAUUCUGAAGAGGAGUACAUGUCCAACAUGUCGAGCGACGACGAGAUUAUGCAGGAGUACAGCGCCGACGAGGACGUCUCGGCGGGUGAUGACUUUGAUGAAGAUGACUUUGACGAACCCGAUCCCGAUUUCGGCCUGUCCGCCAAGGACAUCGACAAGACGAAGCGGCAGGCGCACGUCAUCCCCUUCAAGGUGUUUCAGCCGGCCGAUAUCCAGCGUCAGCAAAACGACAUGAUCAACGAAGUAAAUAUGAUCCUCGACAUGCGCAAAGAGGAUGCCGCCAUAUUGCUGCGUUACUUUCGAUGGAAUAAGGAGCGCUUACUCGAGGACUACAUGGACCGCCCGGACAAGGUGCUCGAGGCUGCUGGCCUGAGCAACAACGCCUCUGCACUGCCGAAGCUGGAGACAAUCCCCGGCUUCGUUUGCGACAUCUGCUGCGAGGACGAAGAGGGGCUUCAGUCGUUUGCCAUGAAGUGUGGUCACCGCUACUGUGUUGACUGCUAUCGGCAGUACCUGACGCAGAAGAUUCGUGGCGAAGGCGAAGCGGCUAGAAUUCAGUGCCCCGCCGACGGCUGCGGCCGCGUCCUCGACUCUCGGUCGCUGGACCUGCUCGUGACCGAGGACCUCACGGACAGGUACCAUGACCUGCUCAACCGCACCUACGUGGAAGACAAGGACAUGUUCAAGUGGUGCCCGGCCCCAGACUGCCCUAAUGUCAUCGAGUGCGGCGUCAAGAAGAAGGAUCUGGACAGGAUCGUGCCGACGGUUGAGUGUCAGUGCGGCUAUCGCUUCUGCUUUGGCUGUCCAAAUCCCGAUCAUCAGCCUGCUCCUUGUGGCCUGGUUAAGAAGUGGCUCAAGAAGUGUGCGGACGAUUCGGAGACAGCGAACUGGAUCUCGGCCAACACCAAAGAGUGCCCCAAAUGCAGCUCAACCAUUGAGAAGAAUGGUGGAUGCAACCACAUGACAUGCAGGAAGUGCAAGUAUGAAUUCUGCUGGAUGUGCAUGGGUCUGUGGUCGGAGCACGGCACGAGUUGGUACAACUGCAACCGGUACGAGGAGAAGAGUGGAUCCGAGGCCCGCGACGCACAGGCCAAGAGCCGCACUUCGCUGGAGCGCUACCUGCACUAUUAUAACCGGUAUGCCAACCACGAGCAAUCGGCCAAGCUAGACAAGGACAUUGCCCAGAAGACGGAGAAGAAGAUGGUGCAGCUGCAGACCACGUCGGGUAUGUCUUGGAUCGAGGUUCAGUACCUCAAUUCCGCCUCCCAGGCGCUGCAGACGUGCCGUCAGACGCUUAAGUGGACAUACGCCUUCGCCUUCUACCUCGCCAAGAACAACCUGACUGAGAUAUUCGAAGACAACCAAAAGGACCUGGAGAUGGCGGUGGAGAACCUGUCAGAGAUGUUUGAAAAGCCCAUCCAAGAGCUCUCAGACUCGAAGCUUAAGGUGGAUAUUAUGGACAAGACGUCAUAUUGCAACAAGCGUCGCGUGAUUCUUCUUGAAGACACGGCGGAUAAUCUCGCCAAAGCUAAAUGGACAUUCAAUUCCGACCUCACCAACCCUACUCCAACCCCCACGGCCCGCCGUUGACAUACGCAGCGACCCAUAGCAUGGCAAAGACACCCGCCUCGGGGCAUCGCAUCGGCCAUAUUCCUACAAUUAGAUUGGAAGUCUUGUUGUUGUCUCAUACUAACGAACUGUCGACGACUCACACAAACACGAAACGGCUGGGCCGAUAUGUAGGCUGCUGCCUUCCCUGGCGUUGGAGGGAAACGGUUUUCAUUGUCACUGUUCUCGCGAUUUUCUUUGGGGUGUCUAGCGGUACUUAUCUGGAAUUUGUCGCCUUACUCAGCGGCCGCCUCCAUUUUGUCUUCGUUUUCCUUCCUUGCGACUACAGACACGGGCUGCGGGCAGAGCCGGGCAGCAGAUGGGGCAUGGCGGACGACCGGUCUCUCCCAGCAUUGCACAGGCGUCCUUUUGCGCCGCAUAUAGAUGAACGCGGGAUUUCGCCUCACUUACGGGCAUCAUGUUAGCUGCCCGCGGAACAUAGGGGUGGGACGAGCGCGGAGGCGUGGCCCUGUGAUUGAUAUACAAGAUGUACAGCAUGAGCACUUCUUGUCUGUGCCGCUGCGCGGUGACUCGAGUCGCCCAGCGCUCGUGACCAGCGAGGCAAGCGCAGCAAGUAGACGUACUGUACCGUACUUCACGACAGAACAUAUUCCACAGUCACAGAUGGUUGAGGCAAUACGUGACGAACCUGCCAGUGACAUCAAAACGCCUGGCCACCUUAGUAUAUUUGCACAGUGAACCUAUCCAUAACG